AUGACACCGUCUCCAAGAGAAUUGAUGAAAUGGCUGAUGACAUCGGAACACAAACUUAUAAAUUAUUUAAGAGAAAAUAAUUUUGCACUACAGAUUGACGAAUCAACUGUGACAGAUGAUAAAGCUAUAUUACUAGCUUACGUGAGGUUUAUUAAUGAACGUAAAGAAAUCGUCGAGGAAGUAUUGUUUGCUACAAGUUUGAUCACUGAUACCAAAGGAUCGUCGAUUUUUCAAGUGGUGGAGGAAUAUUUUACCAGAAAAAAUAUCCCCUUGACAAAUAUUAUUGCAUGCGCAACGGACGGCGCUCCUUCAAUGACCGGCCGUCAUGUUGGGUUUAUAGGCCACCUAAAAAAAGCCGUCCCAGGUGUUAUUUGUGUUCAUUGUAUUAUACAUCGCCAACGUUUAGCUGCUAAAAACUUAAGCGGUGUCCUGCACGAAACCCUUCAAUUCGUCAUAAAAGCUGUAAACAAGAUUAAAACAAGUUCACUCAAGGACCGUAUGUUUCGAGAACUUUGUCAUGAUAAUGAUGAANUUGUAUUAUUUGACUUUAUCAUUGAAUUUCUCGAUAAAAUUGAUCCUGUCUUAAAAGACAUUUUGAAGCAACAAAAAAUUGAGAUUGGGUAUCUCACAUAUAUUUUUGAAAAAAUGAAUGAAGUCAAUUUGAAGCUUCAAGGGAAUAAGAUGAACUUUAUCAAAGCCAAAGGAAUAAUUUCCUCAUUCAUUUUUAAGUUUGAUCUUUACAGAACACACAUAAAUCGUCAAGAACUGAGUCAGUUUCCGAAUCUCAAGUAG